UCCUCCUCACAUCUUGGAGUAAAGAUACAAGGGCUAUGGAGGUACCAGGGAAGAAACUGCAAGCAGGGCCGAAUGCAGAGGAUACAACCUACUGCCAGCCAUGUGAACAAGAUGACGAAAACCUUCCGGCUGAGGCCUACUGUACCGUAUGCAAGGAGUUCUUCUGUUCUAAAUGUGCAAGUCUUCAUAGAAAACAGAAAAUGUCUAGAUCUCAUACCCUUCUUGACAAGUCUAAUAUGCUAACAGUUAUCAGUGGUCCAGAAAAUAAACACGAAUACACAGAGCCUUGUGGGGUCCAUCCCGAAGAGUUUAUCAAAUACUUUUGCAACACCCACCAAACCCUGAUUUGUGGACACUGUGCAGUGCAGAACCAUAGAUCGUGUCAUGCUGAUGUCAUAUCAGAUGUCUCGAAGGCCUUCAAAAAUGGAAAAGAGUAUGGGGAUGCCAUAAAAACAAUUGCCGGCUUAUUUGAAGAUAUUGAUUCAUGCGCGUCUAGUGUGGAGAUAAACGUUGACGUUGUAGUGAAGCUUGGUGUAAAUGAGGUUUACAAGCUGAGAAGAUACCGAGAAGAAGUUAACAAGUAUUUUGAAGAAAGAGAACAGGCACUGUUAAAGCUCAUCGAGAAGACGAAAAACAUGGACGAAGAACUACUGGGGUCUCUGAAACCGAAAUAUGAAAAUCUUAAGUCCAAGGUAGAAGAAAUAAAUACCACACUUGAAGCACGAGGAAACAACAUGAUACAGUUGUUCAUUGAGACCAACAGAGCAAAGGAGCUAUUAGAGGGUCUGCAGAUUGAACUUGCUCACAUUAACAAAGAAAAUGUAAUUCACCAUUACGAAUUCAGAAAGGAUCCAACUACAGAGCGUCUUAUUGUAUCUGACACAGGACUUGGGACUUUAGAACACAUUGUGACUGAACCGCACAAGAUAGCAUCUGCAUCAGAUACCAGAGCUAUGGAGGUUCCAGGGAAGAAACUGCAAGCAGGGACAUCUGCAGAAGACACAACGUACUGCCAGCCCUGUGAGCAAGAUGACGAAUUCCUGCAUGCUGAGUUCUUCUGUACCGUCUGCAAGGAGUUCUUCUGCUCUAACUGCGCAAGGGUCCAUAGGAAACAGAAAAUGUCAAGAUCACAUUUACUUAUUGACAAAUCAAAUAUGCCUACGUCUACCGGUGGCCUUGAAGUUGAAUAUGAAUGCACAAUGCCUUGUGAUAACCAUCCGAAAGAGUCUAUCAAAUAUUUUUGCAGAACCCAUCAGGACCUGAUUUGUGGACACUGUUCAGUACAGAACCAUCGAUCGUGUCAUGCUGAUGUCAUAUCAGAUAUAUCCAAGGGCUUCAAAGAUGACCAAGAGUAUGGGGAUGUCAUAAAAACAAUUGCCAGGUUAUUUGAAGACAUUGAUUUAUGCGCGUCUGCUGUGGAGAAAAACGUUGACGUUGUAGCAAAGUUAGGUGAAAAUGAAGUCGAAAAGCUGAGAAAAUACCGAGAGGAAGUUAACAAGUAUUUUGAAGAAAGAGAACAGGCACUGUUAAAGCUAAUAGAGAAGACGAAAAACACGAAUGAGGAACUAUUAGGGUCUCUGAAACCGAAAUAUACAAACCUGAAGUCCAAGCUGGAAGAAAUAAAUGUCACACUUGAAGCACAAGGAACCAAUAUGAUACAGUUGUUCAUCGAGACCAAAAGGGCCAAGAAACUAUUAGAGGGUCUGCAGAAUGAGCUUGCUGACAUUAACAAGAAAAACGUAAUUCACCAUUUCGAAUUCAGAAAGGAUCCAGCCACAGAGCGUCUUAUUGCAUCUGACACUGGCAUUGGGACAUUAAAAAUCAUUAUGACUGAAAACAUAACUGUAUCAGCAGACAGUAACCAUGACAUAGUAGGACAAACAGUUCAGGGAGAUGGCCCAAGAGAAACCAUGGCAACUUCCGAACCUACAGUGGGUAACGCCACUGUAGACUUGACUGUAUUACGGUUUACAUCAGCAUCGGACAUCCCAAUGAAGUCUCCAACUGAUAUUAUGGGCUGCUACCUGUCUAACAUGCUCCACCUUGCCGGGUCCAGACUGCUGAUGGCUGACUUUUACAACAGCAAAGUCAAGGUGGUAGACAUGCAGACCAACAGCCUGGUCUCCCAGAUCAGUGUACCAGGUCAACCAUGGGACAUAUGUCAUCUUCCCGGGGACAGGGUUGCUGUUACUACGAUAAAUAAGAGUAUUCAGAUCAUUGAGACUCGAGGACAACUCGCUCUUGGUGACCGUAUCAAAGUGGAUGAUGGCUGUCGAGCUAUUGCUUACCAUGAAGAUAGGUUGAUAGUGUCCUUCUGUAAUGGAAAGGUAGCGGUACUGAAUAUGAAUGGGCAUGCCAUAAGACAAAUAUAUGGGGAUGACAGUGGAAAUGAACUAUUCAAAUUGCCUCUCUACUUAACAGUGGUGUGUGAAGGUUCGACUGCUUUUAUCUACGUAUCAGACAUGCGCAGGAACAAAAUAACAAAACUUGACAUGAACCUGCACAUCAUCAAGACGUUCCACGACCCUGCAUUGAAAGAACCAAGAAGUAUCAUGGCUGUCGGGGACCAGCUAUUAAUCUGUGGUUGUGAAAGUAGCACCAUUUUAAUUCUUGAUUUGUCCACUGGUCAGAUGACACAACUGAUGGGGCAGAAGGAGGGGAUACGAAAUCCACUUUCUGUCUACUACCUUCCGCAACAUAGAAAGAUUCUUGUCACGGAACAGGGAAACUGUUCAGCAAAAGUUUACAAUACAAUGUAAUAAUGCUAGUCAAUGGCGUGAAAUGGUUCGAAACAUAAGUGUUACGUGAACCACGUCAGGAAAUUAUUUUAAUGAUAUUUUGUUUAAUUGACCUCUUUCCGGAAACGAAUUCGAGAUAUGAGUACGAUGUGAUUAUUUGGAAUGCUUCAUUCAAUUACGUGUAAAUGUAUUCGUUCAUCAACCUUUUUCUUACCACGACUCAAUUAAAGAACAUGUACUCAAUAUUAUUUGAUGAUUUUGCUUUAUUUGCAUUUAAAGUGCAUACAAAUUAAUAAAAAGAAAUUGAAAUGACUUCGAAAAUUAAGCAUUGAUAUUCUGCCAUAAAGAAAUGUUUUUUGAUGUACAAUGUACGUACGUCCUUAAGCUGCCAUUACCUACCUGAAAUAAUUUUUAUCAGUAUAUUAGUUAUUCUAAAAUGUGUUUGAAUCAAUUGUAUUGUAUUUGUCAAAAAUCAUCCAUAAACGUAUCAUUCGCAUUGAAUACAUUGUUUAAUACAA